AUGAACUUUACUCCAAAUGCCACCAUCGAUCCACAGCUGGGACUUCAGGGCCCAGGAGCGUCCCAGGAGAGUGGUGGUAGUGGUGGAUCCACCGGAGGUCUUUGGGUGACCUUCCUUUUGGGUGCCACACUCAUGAUCAUGUGCGCCAUGGGUGUGGCAGGCAACAUUUACACCCUCAUUAUCACCCGAUCAGCUGCUUUACGUCGCACAGGCUCCAUGUACGUCUACAUCAUCAACUUGGCCCUGGCCGACCUGCUCUACCUCUCCACCAUCCCCUUUGUCGUCUGCACCUACUUCGCCCAUGACUGGCUGUUCGGCGAGGCCGGCUGUCGUAUCCUGCUGAGUCUUGACCUCCUCACUAUGCAUGCCAGCGUCUUCAUUUUGGUCGCCAUGAGCCUGGAGCGCUACCGCGCCGUCGCUAAGCCCUUCAGCGCCCACAGGUCUUCAUCUCGCAAUCGGAAGCUAGUGGCAGGAGUUAUCUGGGGGUUAGCUUUUGUGCUAACGCUUCCCAUGAUGGUGAUGAUACGACUCAGAGAGGGCAAACCAACCGCCUCUGGUUUAAUCAAAAGGAUCUGCUUCCCUACCUGGACUCCUGAGCCCUUCAAGGCGUAUAUCACAGUCCUGUUUCUCACAAGUGUGCUAGUUCCAGGAUUGGUAAUCGUUGGGCUGUAUGUGGGACUCGCUAAGCGCUACUGGGCAGCCCAGGUUAGCUUGGGGGGUAGCAGCCGGUCCGCACGGAGAAGAGGACUGAAACAGAAAGUCAUAACUAUGAUCUUCAGUAUUGUUGUGGCUUACUGGGCUUGUUUCUUACCUUUCUGGGGAUGGCAGCUAGCCAAACUGUUUUCCCCAGAGUCGCUCAGAUCUUUGUCUUCAGCAGCACAUAACUACGUGAAUUUCUUUGUCACGUGUCUCACCUAUGGGAACAGCUGCAUCAAUCCAUUUCUUUACACUCUACUCACCAGGAACUACAAAGAUUACCUGGCCCAGAAAGGUCAGUCUUUUGGUUCAAGUAGAGCUGACCCAGGGUCGGCUGUGACUACACCUCUGCACGACCUUUAGUGGAUGAUUGAAGGAUUACAGAGUUGAGCCUCAGCAUGGACAUUUUUGCCUCACAAAUUUUGUACAAGAUUGGACAAUUUCAUUUUAUGAGAUGCUUGUUAUUUCCAGAAGCACUUUGACAAACUGUAAAUGCAGUGGUUAUAGUUGAUACUGCACACUACCAGCUCUGUUGAGAUAAAUCCACCACAAUAGGAACAUGUUUAUCUUCCAAGAAGAGUUUAGCUUUCAUGCUGGGGGAUGGCAAAAAAUUACACAACAUGGGGCUUGUU